GGCUGGCGCUGGGCCGGGGGGCGGCCCGGGCUCCCUCCCUCCCUAGCGCCAGGCGGGGUGGGGCGGCGGGACUCAGGUCACAGCCAGCGCGGCGCGCCCCAGAGACCCCAGCGCUCCGGGGCAGACGGGCCGGGCCCCAUCGGCUUUAGCUGCGCCUCCGCCGGGGAAGCGAACGGAAGGCACACAGGGAGGGGUCGGGCCCCUUCCAAAGCGGGCGGCAUGGCAGACUCCGACGACCCCCCCCGGCUCCUCGUCGGGGAGGCCGGUGAGGUCCAAGGCGAAGAGGGCUCCCCUCAGAAUGACACUUUCCCUCUCUCGUCUCUGGCCAACCUGUUUGAGAACGAGGAUAGCCCCUGCCCCACUGAGGCGGCCCAACUCCCCCCCGGAUCGGGGGACAGCAAGCAGCAAAACCUGCGUAUGAAAUUCCACGGGGCCUUCAAAAAGGGCGUGCCCAACCCCAGGGACCUGCUGGAGUCCACCAUCUACGAGUCCUCUGUCGUCCCAGGGCCCAAGAAAGCCCCCAUGGACUCGCUUUUCGAUUAUGGCACCUACCGCCAGCACCCCAGCGAGAACAAGCGCCGGCGGAAGAAGAUCAGGGAGAAGCAGACCCACAGCCCGAAGGCCCCGGCCCCCAACCCACCUCCAGUCCUCAAGGUGUUUAACCGGCCCAUCCUCUUCGACAUUGUGUCCCGGGGUUCGACUGCCGGCCUGGACGGGCUCCUCCCCUUCCUGCUGACCCACAAGAAGCGCCUGACCGACGAGGAGUUUCGAGAGCCCUCGACGGGGAAGACCUGCUUGCCCAAAGCGCUGCUGAAUCUGAGUGGGGGCAAGAACGACACCAUCCCCCUGCUCCUGGCCAUCGCGGAGAAGACAGGCAACAUGCGGGAGUUCAUCAACUCGCCCUUCCGAGACGUCUACUACCGAGGUCAGACGGCGUUGCACAUCGCCAUCGAGCGUCGCUGCAAGCACUACGUGGAGCUGCUGGUGGAGAAGGGGGCGGACGUGCACGCCCAGGCUCGCGGCCGCUUCUUCCAGCCCAAGGACGAGGGCGGGUACUUCUACUUCGGCGAGCUGCCCCUCUCCCUCGCUGCCUGCACCAACCAGCCGCACAUCGUCCACUACCUCACGGAGAACGCGCACAAGAAAGCAGACUUGCGGCGCCAGGACUCGCGGGGCAACACGGUGCUGCAUGCCUUGGUGGCCAUCGCCGACAACACCCGGGAGAACACCAGGUUUGUCACCAAGGUGUACGACCUGCUGCUGAUCAAGUGCGCCAAGCUCUUCCCCGACACCAACCUGGAGGCCCUGCUCAACAACGACGGCCUCUCGCCCCUCAUGAUGGCCGCCAAGAUCGGCAAGAUCGGGAUGUUCCAGCACAUCAUCCGCAGGGAGAUCACGGAUGAGGACGCCCGCCACCUCUCCCGAAAAUUCAGGGACUGGGCUUACGGGCCCGUCUACUCCUCGCUCUACGACCUCUCCUCGCUGGACACCUGUGGGGAGGAGGUGUCUGUCCUGGAGAUCCUGGUGUACAACAGUAACAUCGAGAACCGCCACGAGAUGCUCGCCGUGGAGCCCAUCAACGAGCUGCUGCGCGACAAGUGGCGGAAGUUCGGGGCCGUCUCCUUCUACAUCAGCGUGAUCUCCUACCUCAGCGCCAUGGUCGUCUUCACCCUCGUCGCCUACCACCGCCCCAUGGAGGGCACGCCGCCGUAUCCCUACACGACGACCAUCGACUACCUGCGCCUGGCCGGGGAGAUCAUAACCCUCUUCACUGGAGUCUUGUUCUUUUUCACCAACCUAAAGGAUCUGUUUAUGAAGAAGUGUCCAGGAGUGAAUUCGUUCUUUAUAGACGGCUCCUUCCAGCUGCUCUACUUCAUCUACUCGGUGCUGGUGAUCAUCACAGCAGCGCUGUACCUGACGGGGAUCGAAGCUUACCUGGCUGUCAUGGUCUUUGCCCUGGUCCUGGGCUGGAUGAACGCACUUUACUUCACCAGAGGCCUGAAACUUACGGGGACCUACAGCAUCAUGAUUCAGAAGAUCCUCUUCAAAGACCUUUUCCGGUUCCUCCUGGUCUACGUGCUCUUCAUGAUCGGCUAUGCUUCAGCUCUGGUCUCGCUCCUGAACCCUUGUGCCAGUGCCGAGGCCUGCAACAAAGACAACUCCAACUGCACGGUGGCCGCCUACCCAUCCUGCCGGGACAGCAAGACCUUCAGCAACUUCCUGCUGGAUCUCUUCAAGCUGACCAUUGGCAUGGGCGACCUGGAGAUGAUCGAGAGCGCCAAGUACCCCGGCGUCUUCAUCAUCCUGCUGGUCACCUACAUCAUCCUCACCUUCGUGCUGCUCCUUAACAUGCUGAUCGCUCUGAUGGGGGAGACGGUGGGGCAGGUCUCCAAGGAGAGCAAGCACAUAUGGAAGCUACAGUGGGCCACCACCAUCCUGGACAUCGAGAGGUCCUUCCCGGUGUUCCUGAGGAAAGCCUUCCGCUCGGGGGAGAUGGUCACCGUGGGGAAGGGCACCAAUGGCACGCCGGACCGGAGAUGGUGUUUCAGGGUCGAUGAGGUGAACUGGUCUCACUGGAACCAGAAUCUGGGCAUCAUCAAUGAGGAUCCAGGCAAGAAUGACACUGAUCAGUAUUACGGGUUCUCCCACACAGUGGGCCGGCUGCGCAGAGCAGAUCGCUGGUCGAGCGUCGUGCCCCGGGUGGUGGAGCUGAAUAAGAGCUCGCAGCCGGAGGAGGUGGUGGUCCCGCUGGAGAACAGGGGGAUGUCCGAUGGGCAUGACUGGAAGCAAGGGCAUCCCUCAGGCUGGCGGAAAGAGGACUCCUACAUCUAACAGCGGGCUCAGGCGCGAAGGGAGAAGCCAGCGCCGGCUCUGUCCUCUGCCUGGCCUCUGCUGCCCGCCAUGCGCAGGCCCCGGCGUGGGGCAGCGGGGCUGACGCGCACAACGCAGGCAGGAACCAACCAGCCACGGAUCUUCUGAAACAGCCUCCCUCCUGCCAGCGGCAUGCAGCGCAUCGCCGGAGCCCCCGGCUCUCUCCUGGAGCCCUGCGCGCAGCCCUUGGGUCUGAAAGGGCUCGUCCAGCAGGGCCCUGGCUGCCUCAGACACAGCAGCGGUGAAAUAAUCAUUUUGCUAUUGUUAUUUCCAAGCGCCGAGCCUCUGGCUCCAAACCCUUUGAGCCUGACCGUCGUGACGUGCAGAGCAGGGCUGUAGAGAGAAGAGGGAUUUGCAGGGAAUAUUCAUGAGAUGCUCACGGGGCAGCAUCUAACUCUGCCACCCCCAAGCCCUACGGUGUGCUCAUGCCCGGCUCUCAUGCUGCACAUGCUGGUGUGUGUUCGGGGGCCCUGGUGGAGAGACCGGCCGGUGCUGAGAUGCCACGUCACUUCCCGGGCGCCGUGCCUGGGCUGCCCUUGGCACGCAAUCCCAGUCGGCGUGCAGAGCGUCUCAGUGGGAACACUGUGUGUACCCAUGCCCUUGGCACCAGGAUUCCAGCUGCACGGGGAACUGCCCAGUGUCCCCUGGGGAACGAGCUCAUGUGCCUAGUGAGUGUCACCAGUGAGCGUGUUGUGCACAAGGAACCCCACUCCCAGCCUCAGUCAUGCGCGGACCUCCAGGGGCGCCGGCAUUUGCACGAGCUCCCCCAACAAUCGGCUGGGGAAGGGGACACCAUUGUCCAGCUGACGGACAGGAAAUCUGUCUGAGCUGCCUCCUCCCAGGAGCCGGCGUUCAAGCCUGACCUUUGCUUUCUGCAAAUGUCAGUGCUGGCAAACCUGACCCCAGGGGUGCCCCGGCAAAGCCAAAGCACACGCCCUGCCCAGCGGCACACCCUGGUCCCAGGGCCUAGUGCAGAUCCCCCAGCCCUUUCCUAGCCAGCCCUCUUGAGAGUGGCUGGAGAACAGAGAUGGGUAAGAACCACAGCCAGGGAUCCAGCCUGCCCUGCACAAGCUGCGGGAGAGCCUAGAAAUCAACCUGCUCAAUGCAGGGAUGUUCCCUACAGCAUGUUCUCCAGGCCGUAGAUCAGCCUGUUUCCAAUACCCUGGGCAACGGGGCUCCCUCUCUCUCCCUGCAGAGGUUGUUUUCACCUUAACGUGGCUCUCUGAAGAGCAGACCUGGACCGAGGGUCAUUCACCUCCUGAAUGAGGGAGGGAUAGCUCAGUGGUUUGAGCAUUGGCCUGCUAAACCCGGGGUUGUGAGUUCAGUCCUUGAGGGGGCCAUUUAGGAAUCUGGGGCAAAAAAAUUGGGGAUUGGUCCUGCUUUGAGCAGGGGGUUGGACUAAAUGACCUCCUGAGGUCCCUUCCAACCCGGAGAUUUUAUGAUUCUCUGUCUCAGGCAGCUCCCUCCUUCACCCUGCUCUGUGCCACAGGUACCUUGCAGGCUAAUGGCACGGCUGCCCGUUUCCCUGCACAAAGUAUGUUAAUCAGUGACCAUUUCCAGUGCUCCUUCCUGACAGAGCUGGAGUUAGAGCUGCCCCAUUUCCCUCCCUGCCUUGGCGGGACAGGGCUCCGUGCGGUGGAAUCGCUGCUGUUACCCACAGGGCAUCGGCUCUGUUAGCACCAAGGGGCUCAUCCGUCCACGGUCUCCCCUGGCACUGAGUUCUGCGCUGACAAAGGGCCCGAAGGUGUGUGCUGGGGCAGUGAUGCCAGCUGUCCAGAAGCUAAGGCCACCGAAGCUGGGUGAAGAGCCUGUGAAUUAGCUGCCAACAGACACAGGUUUUACGACGUUGUUUGCAAUCAGCUGAGGCAUGGCCCCGGCCACCAUUCCUCAGCCUUGAGGCUGCUCGCUGGCUCUGCCCUGUGCCCACUGUGUCCGCUACGUGCUCUUUGGAAUUCCUCCUCUGUGACCGGUCACUUAAGUCACAUGGCGUUGUUUCUGCUCCCUGACCGGAUGGUUCCCACGCCCACGGAAAUCUUCCAAGUUGGUCCUUGAAUAUUCAGGGGGUGAAUGCCUGUGCAAAUUCGUGCCAUGCAGUCAGUGUGCAAAGCCAUCUGUGGAUAAGUACUUGUGUCCCAUUUCUUCUCUUUGGAGGUGCUUGGGACCAAAAUGUCACUUGUGAGGAUGUUCCAGAGGAGUACAGCGGGGGGGCCGUGGACAGGCGAAGCACAACCCUGAUGUUUACUCAAACGAAUGUUUGUCACGGCCAUUUGCCAGCCUUUGCCCCACUGUACUAGAGACGCAGGCAACUGGAGUUUGGGCCCCUUUCUACUGAACGGUGGGGCAUUCCGUUCAGUUCCAAACCCCGUCUGGUAAAAACCACAGGCGUUCGUGAUGGAGAAGGCUUGGUAGCCCCGUUCCUUUCCCUUUGCUUUCCACUGCCAAUGCAGGAUUGUUCCUUGCUGCCUCAGGGAUUUGUCCAGCCUCGUUGUAACCGUCUUGUGAUGGGCUCCCCUUGAGACGUUAGUCUCCAGACUGGUAGCUCUCCCCAGGCCAGCUCUAGCCAAGUGUCCAGCCUUAACAAGAGAGAUGGGAGUCAAGUUUUAAAGAAGCCACAAGAACUAGUCUCGAUAGUUCAGGUAGGAGAGCGGAAGAGCCAGUAUUCUGCAGCACUGACUUUCCAGCUGGUAUCUGUGACACCAGGAGAGAGACCCACCUAACCUGAGAGUAGUUUCACCAGGGAGUGAUAAAGCAGCUGCUAAGCACUGCCCUCUCUCUAGCUAUCAGGAGACAACUGUACCAUCUGUGGGGAGGAAUAUUUUGCUAGUCCGAAAGGGAGCAGGAGAGAUGAGAGCAUUAUCCAUUACAUCCAUUACAUCCAACAGGCCAGUGGUUGCGCCAUAUACAUUUUUGCACAAGAUUUAUACAACUAUUUAUUUAGUAAUAAAAACCAAACCAUGCCCUCUGCCUCCGUGUUUUAUUUGCUGAUCCAGCUCUGAGAGUGUGUCCCAGGCUCCCUGGUGGCAGAUGUAGAAAUCCGCUGAAGGGCUAAUCCCAAGGGUCAGUGUCCAAGAGAUGCCAGCUCAGGUUCCUCUCUGUGGCCGGGUGAGCCUGUUGUUUGACUAUCAGCUGUGAAUGGGAGGUGCUGGUUUACAGGCCAAGAAUCCCUUCUGUUAGCUGAACAGUCUAAUCCGUGAGUGGCCAUCACAGAUUCUAUGAUGUUGGCCCUUGGCCACGCAUCUUUAAUACAGAGCAGAAGGAAGCAGGUUUCAUCCUGCAAUGCGUCAUCUUGCUGCAGGUAGCCUGACCCUGGAGCAGUGCAUACUGGGACCCUGUAGUCCUCAUGGGCCGUACCGUCAUAUUAAAGAUGAAGUAGGAUUGUGUCUCAGGCUCUGGGCAAUGUGGCCCUCAGAGGGCAAAGACUGGGAGCUUCUGCAGCUCUAAGGGUCUCAGAUAUUGGUUCCUUGUUGUAGACCCAUCUCUUCAGGCGCUCACAUGGAAUGGGUUCUGCUUGUGCUGUUGCAGUGUGAGGGGAAGUCUUAUUCCAGUAUUCACGGGCCUUUUGCUGGCUCAGAUAUAAUGUUCUAUACGGUCUGCUUGUCCGGCUAUGUGCAUCAGUUCCCUGUGUCCAUGAUCCAAUAUUCCUUUGAGGUGGUAAAGGACGUGAUGAUCCCACUCCCGGUGAGGCUUUUCUCCUCUGGAACGAGGUGUUUUCCUGUCCCGGCUCAGGGCUGGGACUAGAAUGGGUUGAAAUUUUGCAAAUGAAAACUUUUUGUUUCGAAAAAUGGCCAAAAAAGAGAGUGGUCAAAAAAUCAUAGAAUCAGAAUCGUAGGACUGGAGGGGCCCUCGAGAGGUCAUCUGCUCCAGUCCCCGGCACUCAGGCAGGACUAAGUAUUGGCGACAUUUUCCUUUUUUUUUUUUUCAGAAAAAAAUUGGGGCAGGCGGGGAGGAUGGUGAAAAUGUUUGGAAACCGAGGGAAAAUGGGUCUGUUUUGACCUUGUCACAGUGAACCCAACCUUGACUUUUUUUUUCACACGAAUAGGGCUUCAUUUUCUACCAGUUGUAGCUGUGGUCUCCUCUGACGAGUGCACGGGAGAGACCCUGCAGGCCGUGUCAUUCAGAGGGGAACUGGAGAGCUUGUGGUUUAGAAAUGGCAAAAUAAGAUUGCAGCUCAUCCAGAGAACGUCUAGGCAGUGCCCUGUGUUAAAUCCGUCCACGGACACCCAGGGCAUUUGGUGUCUGUCUCACUCUCUUUGUAGAUUAGAAGCUCCUUAGGGGCUGUCUCUUCUCCUGUGUCUUGUGUGGCACCGAGCGUGCCUCCAGCACUCCACAAAUCAUGCUCAUGCUAAGGGGCAGAUUUACAACCAACAAAUACAGUUGCAGACAGGAUCAUUGGUGCUCGCGUUACCUGCUGAGACGUGUGCAUUUAGGGCUCUGUGGUUCCCUGUGCCGCUGCUGGGCCCCAGGGCAGAGCACGGCACUGCAUUCCUUACUUACACCGUUAGGUGCCAGGGAAAUGCCCAGCUCAUGCCUUGGCAGGCAAAAUUCUUCCAGUUGGGCAUUAGAGGCGCUUUUCCAUGGGAUCAAAACAAGGGGCUGUCCCUGGCCCGGCGCUUUCUCACCCCCGCUGGCUCUGUUGGCUGACCUUAGGGCCCAGUCCUGCAGGCUGGAGCUCGUUGGUCUUCUCUGUGCACAGAAAGUUGCCAGAGACUGGGCCGUAGUGUUUUCAGCAUGAACAUCCUUCCUCACAGCCUGUCUUCUCCCUGCCCGUGCCCUGAUGCUGCAUCUCUGUAGCUAUGACAUCACCAACCAUCUGCUGGGCCCGUGAUGUCACACCGCUGCAGCAGGAGGAGGAGGAGGGAGCGAUGGUGUGCACGUGGGUAGCUGCAGCCACUAGCAUUGUGAAAAGCAACGGCAAAGGGGACGGGCGCCUGCUGUAAGCUGAGCCGUCUGAAAGUCGCUCUUCAGGCAUGGCUGAGGAGAUCUUGUGGCCCAGGGCAUUGAUGCCCCAAGGCGAGGUUGCUACGGAGGCCUGUGCUGUGGUGCGUGAGGCCUUUUUGCAAUCCAACAAUUCUGGUCAGGUAGCUUCUCGCAUCCUUAAGAACGGCCACACUGGGUCAGAUCAAUGGUCCAUCGAGCCCAGGGUCCUGUCUUCUGACAGUGGCCGGUGCCA